AUGCCCGGCGGCCCUGCCAGGCUGAACUUGGCGGCUGCACCACGGGUCCUCCCGCCGCGGGCUGUGCGGGGCCGCAGACGGCUUCAGCUCCUCCGGGUGGGAAGCGGAGCACCGGCACGACAGUUCGUUACGAAGCUGCGGCAUAAGAAACAAGAUCAAAGGAGUGCUCUGAAAGCAAGUACUGCGAAAACUGGGGGAGCGGAGUACUGCGGUAACGCUGGCGGCGUCGCUGCUCCCGCCUGCUGCGGCGCCUUUCAAUCCCUCCUCGCCCCUGGGGCUGGUGGUGGCGUGUGCUCGGGCACCGGAGCUCACGAAUCCAGUGUGAACCACGGGAAAAUCGGACGCUCUAAAGCAGAGCGAGAAUUUAUCAGUGACACUGAGGAGAAAUGGGAAGAAGUGAAGGAAGCUCCUCCUAGAGAACUGACAGAAGAAGAAAAACAGCAAGUUCUCCAUUCAGAGGAAUUCCUGAUAUUUUUUGACCGGACAAUACGUGUAAUUGAGCGAGCUUUGGCUGAAGAUUCAGACAUCUUCUUCGACUACAGUGGCAGGGAUGUAGAAGAGAAAGAUGGAGAUGUUCAAGCAGGAGCCAACCUUUCUUUUAACCGUCAGUUUUAUGAUGAGCACUGGUCAAAGCAUCGUGUCGUCACCUGUAUGGAUUGGUCUCUUCAGUACCCUGAGUUGAUGGUUGCAUCUUAUAACAAUAAUGAAGAUGCUCCACAUGAGCCUGAUGGGGUAGCCUUGGUAUGGAACAUGAAGUUCAAGAAAACCACACCGGAAUAUGUUUUCCAUUGUCAGUCCUCCGUGAUGUCUGUCUGUUUUGCCCGCUUUCACCCAAACCUGGUCGUUGGUGGAACAUACUCUGGCCAAAUUGUCUUGUGGGAUAAUCGCAGUCACAGGCGCACUCCUGUUCAGAGAACUCCCUUAUCUGCUGCUGCUCACACGCACCCUGUGUAUUGUGUGAAUGUAGUUGGAACACAGAAUGCGCACAAUCUCAUUACCGUCUCUACGGAUGGCAAAAUGUGCUCCUGGAGCCUGGACAUGCUCUCAACUCCACAGGAGAGCAUGGAGCUGGUGUACAAUAAGUCCAAACCGGUGGCCGUUACAGGAAUGGCUUUCCCAACUGGAGAUGUCAAUAACUUUGUUGUUGGCAGUGAAGAGGGAACAGUCUACACAGCCUGUCGUCAUGGAAGUAAAGCUGGCAUUGGUGAAGUUUUUGAAGGUCACCAAGGACCCGUCACAGGAAUCAAUUGCCACAUGGCAGUGGGUCCAAUUGACUUUUCCCAUCUCUUUGUCACAUCAUCAUUUGACUGGACGGUCAAGUUGUGGACCACAAAG